CCAAAUAUUUUACUUAUUCUGUCAUUACCUGAUCCAGAUAAUUUCUUUGCCAGAUUCAUUACGGUUAUCUGUGUUUUCCUCUGUUUUUCAGACUUGUGACGGAUGCAGGUUAGUUCAAACACUCCAGACCGACACUUCUGUGUUGCAUAUAAAGAUGGACGUUGUAAAAAAAAAAAAAGGAAAAAAAAGCAUCGAACUGAAAAGUGAAAAUAUUGCUAAGACUCCUCGCCAAAAAAAAAAAAGGGAAAAAGGAAAAUUGUUGCUAAGAUGAGGGGUAAAUUGGUAAGAACUAGACAGUAACAAGGGCCAAAUUGUAAUAGUGGCCAUGGACUGAAAAUAGAACUACCCAUUGGCCACGAGCAAUUCUACUGCAACCUGAAUAUUGUUCGCUGCAAAGCCUGAGACUUGUUCAUGCCAAGUCAUCAUCUCAAUGUCUCCUAAUCCCAAUCCACUCGAUGAAGAAAAUGUCAAUCCUACCGCGAGUGGAGCGGCGAUGGCGCCGGGGCCGGAGAAGAAGAAAUCAUGGAUGCCGGCGGGCUUGGGAGGCAGCGGCAAGCUUGGCGCCACCAUUGACAUCCCCCUAGAGGAUCCGAGGAAGAAGGAGAAAGAACUCUUGGCAUGGGAGGAGGAUUUGAGGCGAAGGGAGCUGGAUAUCAAACAGAGGGAGAAUGCAAUGGACAGGGCUGGGGUCACUGUCGAAGUGAAAAAUUGGCCGCCUUUCUACCCUAUCAUCCAUCAUGAUAUAGCCAGUGAAAUACCAAUCCAUGCUCAGAAGUUGCAAUACAUGGCAUUUGGUAGUUGGCUAGGACUAAUUGCUUGUCUCGUUUGGAAUGUAGUAGCUGUAUUAAUUGAAUCAAUUCAUAGUGACGAUGUUGUGCUUUUUCUCUUCGCAAUUAUCUACGCAAUAUUUGGAUGUCCUCUUUCAUACAUACUGUGGUACAGGCCUCUGUACAGCGCAAUGAGAACUGAUAGCAUGGUUACCUUUGUCCAGUUUUUCGUCUUCUACUCGAUACAUGUCGGAUUUUGUGUCAUUGCUGCAGUUACUCCUCCAAUAAUAUUUAAGGGAAAAACUCUUACGGGAAUCCUGGUUGCAAUCGAAGUUUUAACUGGAGAUAUGUUCGUUGGAGUGCUUUAUUUAAUUGGAUUUACAUUUUUCACCUUGGAAUCUAUUAUAAGCAUCUGGGUGCUUGAGAGAGUCUACAUGCAUUUCAGAGGGCACAGGUGAAGACAGGAAAAUGCUGAUGAAACCAUAUUCUAAGCAACAGUUUCUCCAAAAGCAAAUAUAGGUUGUACAACAGGAAGUUUGAAAUUAGAAAUGCUGGAUUAUUUCUGGAGAAUGCAGUUUUUAGAUGUGUUGCUUAUGAUAAAAAUGUAUAUGAUGUCAAAAUCUAUAUUAUCUGCUAUUAGAUUUCGGUUAGCCUAUUGAUUUCCUCAUUUAUAGUGAUUAUUUUUUCCCCUCAAAACUAUCAGAUUGAAGAUUAGAAAUGUUCUCUUGUGAUGUUUCUUAGGUUUAUAAUCAGUGUAACAUGUAUUGAUUCAUUUGACACUUCUGAAUAAUACCCUAUUAGCAAUUUUCGAA